AUGACUGUGGAGAAGAGCAAAGGCUUAGAGCCCAAAAAGCCACCAGCGACGAGGAAGGUGGCACCUGAUGGUGGAUGGGCGUGGAUGGUUUGCUUAGGUGUCAGUUUAGUUAACUUUUCAACGCGUUCUCUUGAGCCGUCGUUUGGUUUGCUGUUCAAAGACUUAUUGGAUGAUCUCGGGGUCCACACCACGGGUGCUUCAGUGAUUGCCAGUACUCUAGAUUCCGUGGUCAACUUCUCUGGCUUCUUUGUGGGGCCUGUGAUAAAAACGUUUUCGUACCGAAAAGUAUGCUUCGUAGGCUCCACAAUAUGUGCCCUUGGCUUACUGUUCACGGCACCCGCUGCCAGCAUGGGGCACAUUAUCACUACUUACAGUAUUUUAGGAGGUUUCGGAGUGGGUCUCGCGUCGUCCUCAUCAUUCGUGUCGCUCAACCAUUACUUCUCUAAGAAGCGAGGUCAAGCAGUCGGGCUUUCGAUGGCUGGUACUGGCUUCGGGUUGAUGGUGAUGCCACAACUAGUCAAACUCCUACUAGGAGAGUAUGGGUUCCGUUGGACGGUCGUCAUAUUGGGUGCCUUGGCCUUCCACGCUGUGCUUGGCUCCUGUCUACUGCAACCUGUUAAAAGACAUCUCAUUGAUGAACCAGUGGAUUGUGAAAUGCAAACAGUGAAGGAAAUGGAGUGUAUACUAGAGAGUGAAGAAGAAAACGAUGACAAAUUCGAAAUAAAUCCACUUGUCUCACCUCAAAUACCAAAGAUAAUGAAGCAGAGAUCACACACCAACAUGAACCAUCCUUCAGUACGGACGAUAGGCCUACCGAGGGCCAAGACCUGUGACAAGCCCUUACAGGAAUUUGAAAAGUUCGAAAUAAAUAAUAAGCUGUACCCAGGGUUGACAACUGCUGCGUCUGUGGCCGCUAUGCCGCGAGUGACAUCUAGCGGUAGUAUGAGUGAAGCUGCGCGAAAGAGAAAAGUGUCCGUCAUUUCUAAUAUCUCCAACAUGGACUUCACUGGCAGUUACUUGCAGUUGUAUCUUGAUACAGUACAAGACGAUGACGCCAUACAAAUGAAGCCAAUAAAGAAAGUGGAACCCGAGGAAAAGAAGAAGGGUUUCUUUAGAAGAUUUAUAGCUCUUAUGGACUUAGAUUUACUUAAAGACUGGUCAUUUUUGAACCUUUUACUAGGGCUCUCGCUGUUUUGGAGCGGAGAGCUACAAUUUAGGAUGUUGACCCCAUUCUUUAUAAGAAGUUUGGGCUACAAUAUGAAUGACACGGCGUUUUGCCUCUCCAUGACUGCCAUUACUGAUAUUUUGGUGCGGUUGAUCCUACCGCCUAUAUUUGACAGAACGACCAUUUCCAAGAAAAUGAUAUUCUUUAUUUCUUCAUUCUUCUUAGCUGCGACGAGAUCUGUGUUAGCAGAGCAAACAGAAUGGGUGCCUCUGAUGAUCUGGCUGUCCAUCUGCGGGUUCUUCCGAGGCAUGUGUCUGAGUAACUUCACUCUGACCAUAUCUGAAUACUGUCCUCUUGAGAAGCUCCCCGCUGCGUUCGGUCUGCACAUGGUCAGCAAAGGAGUAUUCGUUGUUGCUAUUGGACCUUUGAUCGGAUACGUGAGAGAUUACACCGGUAGCUUCGCAACGUGUAUUCACGUGCAGAAUGCUCUCAUAAUGUCGUGUGUACUUGUAUGGGGCGUGGAGUACGCGCUCGCCUUUACCCGCCGCAGGAAAGUCGUGCAAAUAUAG